AUGUCAUCAAAUACUGCCGGUGAACACGUCGAGCAUCGAGAUGGCGUGGCAGACCAGGAUGAGCAGACUUCGGGCCCGUUCCGUGAAGCGCCAGCGCCGUCAUCGGCGUCGGCAUCGGCAGAAGAUUGUCUUUCAGCUGAAAGUCGCGGAGACGAGCCCGCCCUUCCACUGCAAUCGACAUCAGCCUCAUCCAGCGAAGACGAGGGGAUCUUGCAUCUCGCCGGAAGCGUAGAGAAUGUAAGAGGACGGCGACCCAGACGACAUCCCCAGCUCGUCACCGCUGCCUUCAUCCCGCCCAGAACCGGGCCAUACAUGUCCACGAACCCCGCGCACGACGUGGCCGAAACCCUUCGAUCAUCUGCCCCGCUGAGCCCGACGAGCAACUCUUCCAGCAGUCUGGUCGAUAUACCGAUCUCCGGAUCUUUGGGAUCUGUACGUUCGGCGGAACCACAGCCGGUAGCCAUGCCCAGCAUGGAAGGAGCGUUACCGGAGAACGAUGGGAUGAAUUCGCUCCGCCAGAAGCUGCAGGAGAUUAGGCAGCUGGCGGUAUCCACGGAAGAAAAGGCGAAAAGGAUGCAUUACCUCAUGAUGCAGGACUAUAUGCAACACAAAGUUGCCCUACCGUCGCCUACUGAAAGCCCUAGAUCAGGACCCGCGGAUGCUCGUGAUAAACUUCCGCCCAUGUUGAUGGCACCAGUGGAUCCCAGCAAUCCAUAUCAUAUACGGCCCGGAGAUCUGGAUCCCGUUUUCAGUCCUCUGCCCAAGACGCGACGAGAUGUCGAUGAAGAUGGAGACGACGAUGAUAUCAUGGAGGACGACACCCCAGAGCUGGGAUGUAUGCAUUACAAGCGAAACGUCAAAGUGCAAUGCUUUGACUGCUAUCGCUGGUUUCCCUGCCGGCACUGCCACGAUAAAUCGACCGAUCUUCCAUUCGCUCAUACUCUGAAUCGAAAGAAGACUGAGAACAUGCUGUGCAUGAUCUGCCAAACACCCCAACCCGCGGGAGAAGUCUGUUUCAAUUGUGGCCAAUAUGCUGCGUGGUAUUAUUGUCCCAAGUGUAAGUUAUGGGACAAUGACAGUGCCAAACGCAUAUACCACUGCGAUGACUGUGGCAUAUGUCGGAUCGGGGAAGGUCUGGGAAAGGAUUUCGUACAUUGUCGCAGGUGCAAUGUUUGCAUUACCAUUGGCACUUCAGAAGAACACCCGUGUGUUGAGAGAGCGACCGAAGGAAACUGUCCGCUCUGUCUGGUCGCGCUGUUUGACUCUCAGACUUCGGUAGUCAGCAUGCCUUGCGGCCAUUACAUGCACGGGGAUUGUUUCAAAGAUCUCAUGGCUGUGACAUAUCGUUGUCCGGUAUGCAACAAAAGCGCUGUCAAUAUGGAGUUGCAAUGGYGAAGAUUGGACGACGAGAUCAGGGCACAACCUAUGCCGGAAGAAGAUCUCGCUGGGAUACUCCCGCAAGUGUUGCGCGAAGCUGAUCCGCCAGAAGAACCCACGGAGGCCCCUACCGAAGCAGCGAGUCUUCAGCCGCGACGGCCGCGAGACGUUUGGAUUGGUUGCAAUGACUGCGGAAGCAGAUCGUGGACACCCUUCCACUGGCUUGGUCUGAAAUGCCAGCGAUGCGACAGCUACAAUACGAACCAGAUGGCGCCGACUGCAGUCUACGAAACAGAAACCGAGCGCUUGAUGCGACAGCAACAGACCCCUCAUCACCACGACUUCACAGGGAAUGAAGUGCUCCGAGACGCAGGAAUCGGCGUUGAAGAUACUGAAACGUUCACUGAGGGCGCUUUAACAAUCCCCAGAUCUCCCUCGCAACAGCCAUUGCUAUCAGGCUCACCCCGCGCUGGUGCACAAUCGCCUGGAAGAUACUUUGUCAACGAUGACGAACCUCGUCGACCGAGUUUCACAGCCGGACGAUUUCCCACACCCAGCAUGCCUAACCUACCUACCCUCAGCGACUUUACACCGGAUAUGCCUCGAAUGCCUCGAAUGCCCAACCUUCCGAAUAUGCCCAAUCUUCCAAAUAUGCCAAAUAUGCCGAACAUGUCCAACUUCAACCCAUACUUGGAGAACAUGCGACAGAACCUACCCAAUAUGCCUAGCGUGGAACUGCCGCGCUUCUCACCUUAUGAUAUGAUGAAUGCGGUCAGCAGAAGUCUCAGCCCUAUGCGAUUCUAUCUGCAAGGUCUGGAUGCGAGAGAUGAAGAUGGAGGCGGUUAUCUGGGGAGACCGAGACCAAGACCGUGGAGUGCGCAUAGUGAUACUAUUCUUGCAGGCGUUCGAGCUACAAAGCCUAGGCCUAGCUCGGCGGAGACUGCGCCGGGGGAUGUGGGAAGGUGGAGUGAGGACGAGAUGGAUGAUGAUGGCGAUAGUGUGGCUGUGGAGGACGAGGAAGAUGGGAGCAGUGAGGAGGGGAGUGGAGCAGAGGAUGAUGCGGAUAUGCUGGAUGAGGAAGAGGAGGAGGAGGAGGAGGGUGAAAGGAAUGAAUUGGCAGAGCUGGACCUUUUUGGGCAUCAUUGA